GGGGGUUUGUGGUUCUUGAUUGUUUCUGAUUUACUUUUUGUUUGAAUCGAGUUGAAUUCUUUCGAAAAAUAUUUCCAUUUGUGCUUUGGAGUUUAGAGUCACUCAGAUUUGUGUCUAUCGUCUCUGUUUCGACUUGCAGUUCCCCUCGCCCGCGAUUUGAAUUUUUAAACACCAUACACACGAUCAAGAGCCCGGCGUUUUAAGAACGAGAUCCACGAUAUGGCCCCGACUAAGUCCUCGUCCAAGGGCAAGGGCCCUUCCUCGUCCAAGGGCGACGCAAAGAGCAAGCCCCUCUCGUCCGCCACGAAAGUGAGCAAGAAGAACGUCAAGCGCCCCCCGCCGAAGGAAGUCAAGUCGAAAGCGCGCACGGAAUCCAGCCUGCUGAAGAAGACGAAGAAGAGGGAAUACACCGAGAAGGAGUUGGACCUGCCUCAGUUGAACAUGAUCACACCUGUCGGUGUGGUCAAGCCUAAGGGCAAGAAGAAGGGCAAAACUUUUGUGGAUGAUGCGGAGGGAAUGAUGACGAUCCUUGCGAUGGUUAACGCCGACCGGGAGGGUCAGAUCGAGUCCAAGUUGAUUAAGGCACGUCAGUUGGAGGAAAUCCGCGAGGCGAAGAGGAAGGAGGCUGAGGCCAGGCAGGCGCAGAAGAAGAACAAGCUGGAAGAGGUAAAACAGUCGAUUCGCAAUAAGAAGCACAAGGGCGGCUCCAAAGCCGAUACUGGAGACUCUGUACCCGACAAGUCAUUCAAACCCAAGGGGAAGAGAAAGAGCGUUUCAUUUGCUUGAAUUUUAUUUUGUAUAAAAGUAAUGCUGUCUAUAUCAGGUCUAUGUAUCUAGACGGGUCUCUGGCGUUUCAUCGGUCUAUAUCCUGCCAAAACAAUUGCAUGCAUGACUCUC